AUGGCUUUGCUCCUGGUGCUCUUCUAUGGGUUGCACUUCCUUGGGUCUCUGACAUCGCUGCCGCCUCCUGGUGCUCACCAGGCUACCCAUGCUCUUAGGCUGUUGCCAUCCUCCCCUCUGGUCUCCACCUCACCCAUCCCCGAGGCGGGUGUGCCCCUGAUAGGCUGUUACACAAGCAACUAUAGACAGUUUCAUUACGACAUUUUAUUAGAUUCGACACCCCUUGACUACAACACCUAUGAUAAUUUCAGAGAUGUUAAAAUGGGAACAAAACAAAAAGAAAUCAUUGGAAUUGAUGAAAUAGCAUGUGUCUGCAUUGGUGGGAGCCCCAACACAAUGAAAGAGUUUGCAGUGUUUAUACACAGGGAGCUGGGAUUGGAGGACAGUAGAGAGGACAUGAAGGAUGUCUGAGCUCGGACAGACAGAUAUUGCAUGCACAAAACUGAUCCUGUGUCCUCCAUUGGUCUAAGUACUCAAUGGUUGCCCUUCAGUAAAUGGCAUGGCAUUGGCAUUCCCUCUAUUUCUAUUAUGCUUAUGCUUCAUGAACUCAUCAAAUUACUGCAUCAUGCCUGGUGCUGUAAUGUUACCAUUAUCAGAAUUGGUACAUCAGGGAGAAUAGGUACUGCCCUGGGGUCUGUUGUAAUAGAAGGUGCAGCCACAGACUCCUUCCUUGAUCCCUGGUUUGAAUAGGUAAUCUUGGACAAUAUCACUACCUGAAGUGCUAAACUUGACAAGGAACUGGCCCAGGAGCUCCUCAGCUACAGCAAGGGAAUCCCCUUCCCAGUCCUCAUCAGACAUGUGAUGUGUACCUAGGAUUUUUAUGAAGGUGACAAGAAGCCAGGUCAACUAGACGGAGCAUUGUGGUCCUUUUCCAGAGAAGAAAAGUUACAUUGCUUGAAGAGAGCAUAUAAAGCCAGAGUGCAAACUACUGAAAUGGAAUCGGCAGUGUUUGUGGCUGCGUGUAGAUUUUGUGGUCUGAAAGCUCCUGUGGUCCAGGUGACACAGCUUGACAGACUUAAAUGUGACCAGCUUCGCUUGCUCCAUGAGCAAUAG